GAACGUUUGGCGAAAGAUAUCAUGCAAGACAUUGGAUACAAUGACAUCGUGGUUCUCUGUGUACUUAAAGGUGGCUACAAAUUCUGUGCUGAUCUUGUGGAGCAUAUUAAGAACCUCAGUAGAAACUCAGAAAAGUUCAUCUCCAUGAAAGUUGACUUUGUCAGAGUGAAAAGUUAUCAGAAUGACCAAUCUACGGAAGAUACUCGGAUCAUAGGAGGAGAUGACUUUUCAAAACUGGCUGGAAAGAAUGUGCUUAUUGUGGAGGAUAUCAUUGGAACUGGAAAGACUAUGAAAGCACUCCUUGACAGUAUUAAAAAAUAUAAACCCAGCAUGGUUAAAGUUGCAAGCUUGUUGGUGAAAAGAACAGUUCUACCAGAUGGAUUCAGGCCUGACUAUUAUGGAUUUGAAAUUCCAGAUUUAUUUGUGGUGGGUUAUGCCUUAGACUACAAUGAGUACUUCAGAGACCUAAAUCACUUGUGUGUUAUCAAUAACCACGGCAAAGCAAAAUACAGAGUCUAAAGAAUAACUAAUCAACUUUGACUGGAACAUUGGUAGUCCUCAUGAUCAUCUCCAUAAGAACAGACCAACUCAUCUCAUUCAGACUCGACUACAUAUGGCAACAUCCCCUGGAAUGAUCACCUUGGACUUUGACACAAUUGAAUUCCUUUAUUUCCUUCAGACUUUUUAGGGUAACCAGGAUGAGUAAAAGGCAGACAUAAUACAGUAUUCUACGUGCAAAAGAAUAGAAAUUACAGGUGAAAGGAAACUUGGUUUUUAAUUUUUUGCAUCAUGCUUUGACCAAACUUAUCAUGCCAGAUUUGUUGGAGUUAAAACUCCCAUUGUUUUUAACCAUCAAGCUUCCUUACCCUGUGUAACAAGUGCCUUUAAAAUGUGUAUUAAACACAACUGCACAAUGAUCAGUGGGCUCUGUGGGGCUAUUAUAACAAUGAUUACAUUUUAAUGGUAUAGUUUGUUAGCUCUUUUUUUCAGUCAGCGUUGUAGUGCCUUUACUUAAGCUGUUUUUAACAGAGUUUUGAAUGCAUAAUUGUUACCAUCUCCUUUUUAUGACUCAAUCAUUGUUGAGAUAUUUAGUCUCACCCAUUAUUUAAAACUCAGAGGAUCAAAGACCUCAAACUAAAUGAUUUUCUCUUAGCUCCAUAGCUCCUUGUAGAAUCCCUGAGCUAAAUUAGGCUGGUCAAGAAUAGCUUUGAGUUCAUAGAAACAAACAGACUGCAUUGUGGUUUAAACAUUGGGUUUUGUAUAUCAUUGCUUUUGUUUUAGUAUUAUGUGUGAACCAUCUCAUUAUAGCAUGUUCAGCAAAACAUAGUUUUAAACCAUAUUAUGGAUUGCAGGCGGUGAAGAAGUGCCAUAAUUAAGCAAACAAUUAUCAUCUUAUUCAAAGUCCAGUAUUAUGUACAUUAUAUUAUAACCCUCUACUAUGCUUCAAAAUUAAUUUAGGAUUUGAAAUGAUAGUAGUCCUUCCUCUUACCCAGAGGAAUUCAGAAGAUGGCAAUUUGUCAUCUUUUAUUUGUUUCAGCAGCUUCUUGCUUUCUAAAGUUGAUGGGAAUUGAAAUCCAGUAUCUGGGGGAUAGGAGACAAUUGCCUACGCUUCGUCUGAUCUUAGUGUCAUGCUGUCUUUGUUCAUUUCUUUGUCUUCUGCUGCUUACAUCUCCACAAAAUUUGUUCCAAUGCCACUUUCUUUGUUUAGAGCUACAACUCCUGUUCAGGGAUACAAGAACUAAUUUGGAAUCAUGGGACUAAUAUAAGCAAGUGUAUUAACACAGUAGAUCAUGGAAAACAGAAUUUGCAUACCAUAAAUGUUAAAAUUUAUUGCAUUGUUACUGCUUUUGUGAAAUAUAUCUGCAGUGGCUAAUUAUGUACUGAGUCUUUCCCAAAUAAGCAUUGUCCAGAUGUAUUGGGACUGGAUAUCCCAGAAUUCAUCUCAGGAAUUCUAAGGACCAUGCUCUGGCAAUUGGCUGGGGACUCCAAUGUGAGAAUCCCUUCCUGAAGGGGCUGGUAGAUUUAACACAUUGGUCUUUUUUAUCCAGUUCAUUCUUAAAUUUUAUGUUUUAACAUUUAAUGCUCAAUGUUUUAUGCUUUUGACCUUCUAAUUGUUUUAUAAUGCUAUUAUGAUACUGUAAACUGCCCAAAAAUCACUUGAGAGUCAGGUGGACAGCAUAUAAUUUUAAUUAAUAAAUAAUCAUGCUAACACAUCUAGAGAUGUAAGAUUAGGGGAAGCCAAUAUAUCAAAUCCUCAGCUAUCCUAUAAUAAUCAUUGAAGUCAUCUUUGAAUAAUUCUGGCACAGAUUAAUUAAUUUAUAAUCUUAAUUUAGGUUAUAGUUCAAAGCAUCCCAAUCGAUUUAUGGUGGAAGUAUUGAUCCAACGAUAUUUGGAUUGAUGGGACAUGCCUAUUGUUCAGUUGUGACUCUAAUACAAUUGUAAGCCUCUUGGUGCCUUCCGUUGAGCUAUAAUUCUUUUGUAAAGCAAAUAGUUUACUGUAUUUAAAAAACUUGGCAUUAAAAGGUAUUGAACUCUUA